AAUGUCAAUGCAGUCCUAUCGGCUCUCUAUCGAAUACCUGCGAAAAACGUUCCGGUCAGUGUCAAUGUCUGACCAAUGUUACCGGACGCCGUUGUGAUAAAUGCAAGGCAGGCCAUUGGAAUUUAACACAAAGUGUGGGUUGCCAUGAUUGUCGCUGUGAUCCCUCAGGCUCUAGAAGUCAUGAGUGUAAUCCCUGGACGGGUCAGUGUGAUUGUAAAAUCGGUGUGGGAGGUCAAAGAUGUAAUGAGUGUACAGAUGGCUUUUUCGGUUUCUCAACUGAUGGCUGUCAGCGUUGUGCCCCUUGUCCGGGAGAGGGUCAAGUAUGUGAUCCACUAAAUGGUCGUUGUGUUUGUCCACCCAAUAGCAGAGGUUUGGGUUGUAGUCAAUGUGUAGCGGGUACUUGGGGUUGGCAAUCAAGAUUGGGUUGCCGUGAGUGCCAGUGCGAUCGAGUGGGUUCGAUCGGACAAUAUUGUCAUACACAAACGGGUCAAUGUCAGUGUAGAGAAGGUUAUUCCGGACGACGAUGUGAUGCUUGUGCGCCGGGUUAUUUUGGUUAUCCCGAGUGUAGACGCUGUAAUUGUGAUGCAGAUGGUUCGUAUGUGGGUAAAGAUGGUUUGAUCACCUGUGAUGCCAAUGGUCAAUGUCCCUGUAAGAGUUUAGUAGUGGGUUUAAAGUGUGAUACUUGUAUGCAGUCAUCAUUCGGUUUGUCUGCCCUUAAUCCUGAAGGCUGUACCAGAUGUUAUUGUUUUGGUCGUGCUAGUGAAUGUGAACAAAGUAAUUGGUCUUGGGGUCAUGUCAGAAUGUCAGAGUCACGUAAUCUUUCCAUACAAUAUUUGAACUCACAGCAUAUAAGUAAUUCGGAAUUUGAAUAUAUUGUGGUGGUACAAAUGUCCGGUUCCAAAACAUAUCGAGAAGAUGCAGAAAUACAAAAUUUCAAUGGUUUAAAUUUAAUACCUCGCUCUACGGGAAAUGUUUCCAUGGGUUCCUAUAGCCAACUAUACUAUCCCUUGUACUUCCAAUUACCCCCACAAUUCUAUGGCGAUCGUAUUAGCAGUUAUGGUGGUAAUCUGUAUUUUACUUUAUUAACCGAGGGAGGUAAUACACCUUUAGAUCGUAAACUCUUAAGUCGUUAUCCUUUGGUACAAUUGCAUGCUCAUCAUAAAAUGAUUUUGGAUUUUUAUGAAUACGAAAGUUUUGAAUACUCACGCAAUGAAACUUAUCGUGUACCUUUACAUGAAACCUAUUGGAAGUUGCAUCACAAUGGCCAAUCGGUGGAUAGAGCGACCUUAAUGGCUGCUCUGCAAAAUGUUCGACAUAUAUUGAUUCGAGGUUCCUGUUUUGCUGAUUUCUCGGAAAUAAUUUUGCAAAAUGUCCACAUGGAUUCGGCCAUUUAUGUGCAUGGAUCCACCAGCAUGAUAGCUAAGGGUGUAGAGAAGUGUAAAUGUCCCAAACGGUUUGAUGGUUUAUCGUGUCAAGAUCCUGGUAGAGGUUUCUAUAGAUGGCGUAAUGUUACCGAAACUGAGACUAUCUAUAUAGAAGAUCUAAUAGGUAGGGCGGCUCCCUGUUUUUGUAACGGACGCAGCCUGGAGUGUAAUCGUGAAACGGGAGAGUGUGUGAAUUGUCGCGAAAAUUCCGGUGGACGUCAUUGUGAACAAUGUGCCGAGGGUUUCUUUGGCGAUCCCAAUUCCCCUUACGGCUGCCAAGCCUGUCCUUGUCCCGAAACUAAUCGCAAUUUUGCCAAAGGUUGCACCGUUUGGCAGGGUGAGGUCAGUUGUGUUUGUCGUCCUGGCUAUACGGGAAAAUUGUGCGACAAGUGUCGUCAUGGUUACUAUGGCAAUCCUUUGGCUUCCCCUAUUAGUACCUGUAAACCCUGUAAUUGUAAUCUGAAUGGCAUUAGCCGGGAGGGUUGUGAUGCUUUGACGGGCCAGUGUUAUUGUCGAGAAGGAGUUACUGGUCUGAAAUGUGAUAAAUGUAAAGCGGCACGUCAUCAUGUGGAAGAGAAAGGCUGCAGAUUGUGCGAUAACUGUACUCUACUCCUACUGGACUAUGUAGAACUAAUAGGUCAUAAACUUAGAAGAGGCAUACACAACAUGGAUUUGACUGGUAUACCAGCUCCCUACAUUAAGGUCGAGGAAUAUGAAGAUCUUUUUAAUCUACAAAAUACCCGCUAUCAUGACUUUAAUAAUGCUCGCCAAUUGCUGCUAAACUAUGACAGCUCAGCCCUCAUAAAAUUAGAUUCACAUGCCGAAAAUCAAAAAUUCCAAAAUCGUAAGGCCUUAGCCACGGCUGAGAAAAGGAACCAGGCUGUGCAGGUUAUACUUAAAGAUGCUCGUCUACUUUAUGGCGAUCUGGAAUCUAUACAGACGGGUAUUCUAACAAAUAUAGCAAAUCUGGAAAAUUAUGGUAGGGGAUCUCAUUAUUUAAGUUUACCCACUGCUUUGCAGCAAGGUAGAUUCUAUUUGGAUUCGAUUAAACAACAUAGGGACUCGGUAAAUGAUAUUAGAACGGCAGCUUCUUGUGCCUGGCAUUAUUACUUUAAGUUCGGCAAUGCCUCCGAUGCGGCCUUUGAUCAAAAGGCUAAAGUGGAAAUGUUUUGGAGGGAUCUAAAUCAUACCAAUUUUCGCAUAUCGGAUAUAAGAUUACAAGCAGAUCGUACCGUGGAAAUGCAAAAUGAAAUCGAUGAUGUUCUGGAGCAUAUACGUAAUCUAAAGAGUUAUACUUCGGAAGAUUAUCAGCAGAUAGUCGAUUUAAAGUUUAAGAUAAGGGAAUAUCUUAAGGAGACCUUAGUGCCUCAAACUGCGGUGUUAGUGGAAAUGAAUGUUGGACGUUUGGAGUUGUUGAGCGGUAAUGUAGACAAUAUUAUUAAACUGGGUACAGUGUUAAAUGCCACCUUGGAUGAAAAUGAAACGGUUCACCGGGAAGUGCGUAAACAUUGGCUGCCUAAAGCUCAAAAACAUGCCGCUCGUUUGCUGGAAAGAUCCAACGAAUAUGCCCGACAAUUUCAACCCACACGUAAUGGAGCUCGUAUAGCCAUGCUGGCGAGUUCGGCCCAUAAAAAUAUAUCGGAGGCCAUAGAGGCAGCACGCUUGGCUUCCAUAGAAGCCAGAGAACGGGUUUAUACUGCCCAUAAUAAACUUUAUCCUAGGCAAGGCCUAUCGGUUAUUGAUAGAGCUAGAAUUUCUUUAAAUAAAUCCAAAAUUUUAAAACAAGAUGCCAUGCAGGAGAUUAAGGAAACAGAAGGUCUUAAGAAUCGUUUGCGCGUCCAUGAGAAUAAGGUAGAAGGCAUUAAGAAUCGUAUUAUAAAUGCUGGCAUACGUACCAAUAACAUCUCCUCGCAUAUACAACCUUUGCAACAUACUACGGCUCGCAAAAAUACCAUAGAAAGUUUGGAUAUUGCUUCCAAAAUCUCAGAUGAAAUGAAGGGAGUAUCGCGGCACACUCAGCAGCUGCAUGAAGAUAUUAAAAAGUUACGUGAUAAAUUUGCAAUUUUAGAACCCGAUUGGGAAAUCAAAUUGGGUUUGGCAGAGGAAAAUAUUUCCCUAACCAAAACCAAUGUACGUUUAGCUAAUAUUUCUCUAACCUAUGUGGAAGAGCAAGCGGUUAAGGAGCAAUCAGAGUUUGAUGUAUGGAAUAAUACCAUGGCUAAACAGAUCCAAGAGUUAAGAGAUAAAAUUGCCAAAGCUAAACAUGCCGCAGAAGGUAUUAAGAUUUCUUUAGAGUCUUUGGGUCCCAAAUGCAUAAGAUCCUAUUUGCCUAUAUCCUAUGGUCUCACCACGUCCAAUACUAUUAAACUCAGCUUUGCCCUACCCAAUCGUAAUGGCAAUUCACCUCUGCUCUAUAUACAGGGCAAUGAUGGUCGUUAUAUUGCCUUGGAUCUAUUCAAAAGACAUGUUAGACUUUUAUGGAAUUUGGGUGGUUCCACCGAGAUUAUAACCCAUCCCUUAGAGAUACAGACAAGAGAUCCGCAAUACGAUGAUGCCUGGUAUCAUGUCGAGGUUAAUCGUACUUUAAAUAUAGGCAGUCUUUUGGUAAGACGUAUGAAUAAUUAUGGCGCCUUAGUGCCUCAGAAUCCUGUGACUGGCAAUACUGAUGUGGAAUUUACACGCUUUUUCCAAACUCCGGAGGAACGCAUAUAUCUGGGUGGUUAUCCCAAGUUAAUGCGCACCAAAGAUUUGCAAUUGAAUCCGGGUCUUAAUGUUGUGGUACACAAUGUGGAGGUCGAUAAUAAACCCAUGGGUAUAUGGAAUUUUGCCUCGAGUGAGGGUAAAUGUGGAGGCGCCAUGAUAGGGGCUCAAGAAUCCAGCUCUUCCUCCGUAGCUAGACAUUUUAAUGGUUUAGGCUAUGCAGAGGUGAAGAAGUCUCGUCCGCGACCUUAUCGCAAGAACUUGUUUGCUUUACAAAUGACCUUUAAGACAUUAGAUGAGAAUGCACUGUUAUUCUUAGCGGUAGAUGAUAAAAAUAAUCGCUCGGUAUCUGUGACUCUCAGUCGUGGUCGCAUUAUGUUCCGCAUUGAUUAUGGCGAUGAAUCGAAAUUGGAAAUUAAUACCACCAAUAAAUACAAUACAGGUAAAUGGAUUAAAAUCGAGGCAGCUCGGGAAUUUGUACCCAAACGUGGUACAGAAAAUGGCAUAUUGAGGGUGAAUAAUGAAAGAGCUAUAACGGGUUCUCCGUCGGUACCCAUUAAAAGUCAUAUGCUGCCGGAUCUUUCGAAACCGGUUUAUUAUUUGGGUGGAGUACCGCCUGGUUUUACCUCGGCUACCUCUAAAGCUCCCGGAGCAGAUAAUCCCUUCUUGGGUUGCAUGAUGGAUGUUCAAGUUAAUGGCGAGACUUAUGAUCCUUUGGAAAGUUCUUCGUAUUUCGGAGUGGAACCUUCGUGCAAGGAGAUGAUAACCAAGGCUGGCUUCACAGGUCAAGGUUACAUCGAAUUACCCUCCCAGUCGUUGCGCAAACGAGCCAAUACCGGUUUCGUUUUCCGCACUCUCCAAUCCGACUGUUUACUACUGCUCUCCGCCUACCCGCCCGAAGUUCAGGAUGACUACGAUGCCAAAGAUAUUAAAGGAAACUAUUCCAUUUCUCUUAUCGAUGGUCAUCUCCAAGUAUGGAUUAAUUCGGGACGCAGUUUCAUACAAAUGCAUUCGAAUGUUUCACUUAAUGAUGGUGAAUUCCAUGUGGUUAAUUUACUGAAAAAUGGUCGUAAAUUUGAGCUAAUGGUCGACGAUGAACUGCAAGUAACGAAAAAUCUUAUGGGCUCACCCACACUUGUCAGUAUGCCACGUGAUGCUGGUGGUUUGUAUAUAGGCGGUGCACCUCCCUUCGAGGAUUAUACACCUUUGGCUCCUACUUUUAUAAAGUUGGAGGGUGCAGUACGUGAUGUGGUUUUCAAUAAUCGUACUCUGAACUUUAAUCAAGCUUUAUCGUUUGUCAAUGUACAAAUUGGACGCAAUGGACCUGCUAUGGGUAGUGUUAAUGGUUUAAGUGAUAUUUUACUGAAGACAGAACCCAUGAUUGGUAAAAGUUUUACCGCCGCUCCGGAAGGUUGCAAAAGGGUUGGCAGUUAUUCUUAUGAGCCCAAUGCCUUUAAAUUUGGCGAUGAACCCUAUAGUUUUGCUCAAUUGCAAGCUCCUCUACGCAACUAUUGGCAAAAGAAUUUCCAAAUUUCUUUUGAUUUUCGCUCCUUUUAUCCUAAUGGUUUGAUUUUCUUAGCUCCCGGCAUGAAAGAGAAACAAAAACAUUAUUUAGCUUUGAUUCUAAAAGAUGGUCAUUUGCUGUUGAUAGUCAGAGGACGCCGACGUGAAGAGCUGCCUCUUCAUGCUAAACUUAAUGAUGGUGAAUGGCAUCAUGUUACGUUAAUGUGUCAGGAUCGUAAGGUUACCAUGUCUGUGGAAAUAGGUCGUACAGAUCAGAAAACUUCGGCACAAAUGAAAAUACCCAAGAAAAUUGCUGCCUCGAAUAUUAUGUUUGUGGGUGGUUUACCCGAGAAUCCUCCCAAAAUGCCGGCGGAACUUUUAAUGAAAUUGGAACCGUUUAAGGGUUGUCUACGUAGAUUUGCCAUAGCGAAUAGUACCCAGGAUUUGGCGAAACCCGGUAAACAUUUACAUGUGGGUCAGUGUUUUCCCAAUGUGGAGAGGGGUUCCUAUUUCCCGGGAGAUGCCUAUGCGGUGUACAAGAGAAAUUUCCAUGUUGGCAAGUAUUUGGAACUAGAAAUGGAAUUUAGAACUUCAGAGCUUUCUGGAAUUUUGCUAAGUAUAACUGAACCUACCGGUUUUCCUGCCUUAUCACUGGAAAUAUUCAAUGGCAAUAUUGUCUUCUCCUGUGACUUGGGUGAUGGCAAUCCCUUCCGCGUUGAAUCUUUACUGCCUUCCAAAUAUGCUUUGUGCGAUAAUAAAUGGCAUAAUAUAUCCGCCCUAUAUGACUACGAACAACUAGCCUUAAGAAUUGAUCAAAUGCCCACUACAAUAGCGGUAGCUCAACAAACUACCAUGGGUAGAGUACAAACCAAAUCUCCAUUAUAUAUAGGAGGAAUACCGGAAAUUGCAUCCAGUGGUUCCUUAUUGACCCGUGAAAAUUUCAAAGGUUGUAUAAGAAAUCUAUCGAUACGUAACGAACGACGCGAUUGGGUUGAUAUGGAUGCAUUACAUAAUGUUUUACUCAGUGAGUGUUUGGUAACCGGCACUGAAAGCUGAGUUUAAGUAAAGUUCAAACUUUAACAAAAAUAAUAAAGAAAAACUUAAGGAUCUAAUUGUGAUGCCAUAUACUUAGAUAACAAAAUAUAUAAAUUUCAAUAAGAACUGCCAUAUAAAUAAUAUAAAUAUUUAAAUUAAUUUAAAAGAAAAAAGAAUUUACGCUUAAUUUUAAAUAGUUUUAUUAAAUGCGACAUGAUCACUACAUACAUAUGAAACGAUUUCCAGUGAAUGAAAUAGAAUUUUUUAAAGAGAGGGUAAGAUAGAGGUAGACUAUAGGAUAGAUAUCCUAGAUAGUCUAAGGUAAAUAGUAUAAUUAUUGUGUCGAGUAUACAAGGGUGUAUUGUUUUGUAUAUUGGUUUAUAGUCUCGACUACAGAUUACUAUAUAGUCUCGACUACAGAGUAGUUUUUAAUAUCGACUAUUGAGUAGUUUGUAGUCUACAUACUUAUAUAGCCUACUCUAUAAUGUUGACUAUAGAUUACUCUAUAGUUUCGACUAUAGAGAAUAGUCUUAACAACAGAAUAGUCUAUAGUCUUGACUAUAGAAUAGUCUACAGUAUUG